GCCAACGAAAGAUGUCUCUUGCAUCUCCAUAUCUUCAAGCUUCCCUAUUCUCUACCAAUGCCUAGUCGAAUUCCAAUAUAGUUUCUAAUCAAAUCUCAUUCUUUUUUCAACAAAUUACUAUCUUUCUACUUUGAAUUUUUCACCAUGAAACAUUCUUCCCUAUUUACCAUAGGAAAAAACCCUCCAUUCAUAUCAAAAUGCUGCUUCUGUUCUUCAUCUUCUCCUCCUGCUUAAGGCCUGCUUUCCCAUUUUCAUUCCCUCAUCAUCUUCUUGAAUGUUUGGGUUCCCUCUCAAAACCAUUUCCCAAAAUUUCCCAUUUUUCCCUCAUCUUCUGCUUCCAUUGUUCUUGCUGUUUUAAUCCUCUUAGGUCUUCAAAACCAAUGGCAAACAAAAGCUUAUAAUUUUAUGUACUUUUCAACCAAGUUUAUCUUCCAGACUGCUUUGGGGACUAUAAUUUAAACUGGGUCCCUUCCCGUUUCGAUUCCCAUUGUGUUAUAUCCCGGUACAUAAGCUUUCUGUUUGUUUCUGAACGUACGGUUCGUUUAUCGGCAUUUUCUUUGCAGCAAAAAAACAUGGAUUAUGAUGCUGAUGAUAGCUAUGUCAAUGGUGAAGCUAAAGCAGAUUCCAAGCCCUUUUCAAUAAGGCAGUUUGUUGCUGAUACUAGGAGGAAAGAUGUUAUUCAUUGUUGGCCAUUUCCAAAGAGAUACUUGCAAGUUUGUCUGAAAUAUGGUAUCAGCGAUGUGUUGCCACCCUUUGAGCCAUGUACUAAUCCGUCAGCUCGAGUGCUGAAUGAGAACGUAGGCCGGACAUGUUCCGAUCACCAGCAUGAAGAUCAAGUUUCCUUUGAAAAUAAGGUGAUUUUGCAGGAGAUUUUGAUCAAAGAUGAGUGGAAUUGUAACUAUGAUGAGAUUCUACCAAAAGGUCCCUGCCAUGAAAGCAACUUAAGCUUUGAUUACACUUCCAACGUCACGGUUCCGGUAAAUCGAGAAUCUAAUUCUGUACAAGGCCCUCACUUUGAUUCUCAGCAGAGAAUCAAAAGGGUUUCCCCCAAGAAGCUAAGUCACAAGCAAAGAAAGCGUAAAGGGAGACUAAAGAAGAGGACAAUGUCUGAUAUUUUAGCAAGAUCAAAAUCAUGUACUUUGGAUGAUUGCUAAUAAACCU